GUCGCUUAAAACGACGGACCAGGUACUUCUGUCGUAUUACCCGUAGUGUUCCAUCGAUGUCACCGUUUUCCAGGUCCCUCACGCAAAGGUGCGAAGAUCUUACUGCAUACAGCCAUUAAAUUGAAUGCAUUAUGGCUUUGACUCCUGUGAGGCUGCUUGGAACCCCCCACAGGGGGCGUCUCUUGAUACUUCCUCCACUUUUCUGUCCCCUGUUGCGUGGAAAAAAGACAUUCUAUGGGGAAUACCGGCGGCCGGGCCAGCCCCGGGAUAACACCCCACCAUGGAAGAAGAUACGGUUCGACUUUGCCAAGGGUGUCGAGGGUAUACAGAAGCAUUUUGGGCUGCUGAAGGAUGAGAUUGUACAGCGCUUUGAGGGUCCGGAGGGACGGCCACUCCAUGAACAUUUGCUGGAACAGACUCGGGUGAUGUGGGAGUUCCGAGGGCAGGAAAGCCUGGACCAGUGGAUAGUCUCCACAGAUCGCGAGAUCGGAGGCCGCAGUGAGGCCUACCUGAAGCUGGGUAGAAACAACAACACUUGUCUGCUGUAUGGCACCCUGUGCUCAACACCACCUCGGGAUGGAGAGACACGUUACAGCGGAUACUGUACAUUACGCUCCAAGCAGCCACUGGCUUCUUUUGACAGGAAAAAGCACUACGAUUGGUCUAGUUUCAACACGUUGCAUUUGCGUGUCCGCGGUGAUGGGAGGCCAUGGAUGAUAAAUAUUGCAGCAGAGACUUACUUCUCCCACCAGCAGGAUGACAUGUACAACUACUUCCUGUACACAAGGGGCGGGCCGUACUGGCAGGAUGUCAGGAUCCCUUUUUCCAAGUUUUUCCUCUCCAGUCGGGGGAGAAUUCAAGAUGAGCAGUACUGUCUUUGGUUGGACAAGGUGAACACAAUUGGAUUCACCCUAGGUGACAAAGCUGAUGGACCAUUCCAACUAGAGAUUGACUUCAUUGCCCUUUGUAAUGACCGCGCACACACAGAGGAGUUUGCUUAUGAGCUGUACAAAAGGAACCCAGAGGUCUGAGAGAUGCUAACAUGGAUCAA